AUGCAAGCCGCCGCCGUCGACGACGAGCUUCACGUCCACGGCUGUGCACUCACGUCGACGCUGUGCUACGACUACCCGCGGGCUCCCCACGAGGAAAACCAAGGGGAAAUGGUGCAAAGUGGCGCUCUGGAGGCGAUUCGAACGCUGCUUCUCGCGGAACGUACGCCGAGUGCGACGUACACGCGUGCGAUCAAAGCCAUUGGAGAUCUCUGCUAUAAGAAUGUUGGCAACGCGGAGAUUGUGCUCAAGAUGAACCUCUUCCCGCUGCUAGCGCACGGCCUUGACGAGCAUGCCAAGAACGCGGACGUGCUGAACGCGAUCGCAGCCGUCUUUUUUGUGGUUCUGGUCGCCCACCCUCAUGGAGCCAAGUGCGGGAUACUGCAGUGCGGCGUCCUCGAGCGCGCGUUGCACUGCAUGCAAAGCUGUGACUUGCUCGUUUCGACAGCGUACCAUAUCCUGCGCCUUCUGGAAGCCACCUUGCGCGAAGACGGUACUUGA